AGUCUAGCCUUAGCAACUAGCUACUGGCUAUUACCUUCUACUUACUAUUACUUUACCACAUUUACUACUUUACUAGCACUUAGCAGUUAGCUAUAAACGUUUAUGUAACUUGUAAGUUUAAUUAUAGACGACCGGACGCGUCUUCUCACCUAGUAUCGAAUAUUGUAGUUUUCGAAAAUUAGACGCUUAAUUCUUAGUUAUUCAUAAUCUUAAUUUCUCAUUGUCCUGUUUGUUGUGAUGUUAUAAUAGUGUGGCCUGUUUGGUUUUGAAUCAUCUCAUCUAAUCGUACAGUAAACGCAGCAUAAAAAUUAUUAAGCAACAAUUCAGUAACUGAAUAUUUCUUCUACUUUAGAGUAUUGCGUGAAUACCAAGUACAAAUUGUCAAAUUAAGUGUCAUAACCGUGAUAUCAAAUUACUUGACCAAUGGCGGACUCAAGAUGCUGUUUCGGCUGUUCGAACGUGCGCAAGGGCGCGUGGGUGAUAUCAAUUUUUGAUAUGUUAAUUUGUGUAAUACUCACGAUACGAGCUAUUUCUACGCUAAGCAUCACACCAUAUUCGUAUUCAUUCAAAAUAAAACAGAAUACCCUGUAUGAUGAUGCACCGCCAUCCCUCUCCAGUGACCAUCGUCUUCAACAAUUGGAAAAAGAUUUCAACAUAUUUAGUCAAUUAUUUAUUAUUUUCUUAUUUUUUUAUGUUAACUUGAAUCUGAAGAAAGCAACUUUUAUACGUAACGCUCAAAGUAUCAAUCAGUGGUUGGUGAUAAACUUAAUAUUUUUUGUAUUCUUUGCUCUCUUUAUUGGUUUUACUACAAUUAAAAACGCAUCACCAGAUAUAAUUCCUAUUGGAAUUCCUGUAAGCAUUGUUGUAGUAUACCAGAUUUAUGUGGUGAAAUGUUUUUAUGAUGACGAACUUAAUGCUAUAACUCCACCUACAUUGCAUGCCACUCCAUACGUGACCAUAACCAGUCAGACAUUGCAGACCCCAGUCUAUCCUGUGCAAGCUGGACCUUACGUUAUUCAACAAGUGCAUCAGCCUAUUUCACAAACUCCUUAUCCUCAGCAAACAUACCAGUAUCAGCCACAACAGCAAACUCCAUCUCAAUCUCAUGUGGCUAUGCCUGUGCCAAGUCAACAAACCCUUCAGGAGUAUUGUAACCCUCCACCAUAUUCGCCAAGUUAUAAUACACAAGAAGGCUCUUCAGCAAAACAAUAACUAUAUAUUAAAAUUAUUCAAUUCAUUAUCUUAUACAAUUAAAACUUUUUUAUUAUGAUAUGUACGUUUCUGAUUAUCUUGUAUGUGUUAUGUGUUGAAAAGUACAAAUUGUUUAUUGUUUACAAUAUUAUUAUUUACUACUUAUUUUAUUUUUAAUGAACCAUGUGAAGUACUAUGUGUUAACAAUUUUAGCAUUAAAUGUGUAUCUACAUUAAUCUCAUUUAUUGCUUAAAAAGGAUAUAAGUGCAGUAAAUUGAGCUUAGAUUUUAUAAUUAGUUAAAAUAUUUGAUUUAAAAAAAAAAUGUACACAUUUUAUGUGUACUUAAUUGCAGUAGUUAUGUAUUUAAAGUUAAUUUGUUUUUUAUAAUAACUAAUUACCUAAUUAAAAUAAGCUAAGGCUGUAUUAUUUUCUAAAUUAUAAUCAUCUUAGAUAUUUUGUAAAAUGUUUAAUUUUAUUCAUAUUUUGUAUAAGACUGUCUAAGAACAAAGUUGUAAUAUUUAUGUUUUUUAUAUAAUCAAUAAAAAUAAAAACAUUGAUAUUUUA